CUUAUUCUCUUGAUACUCUGCUCUGCCUCUGUCUCUACUCUCCCUCUCCCUCUUCCUCUUCCUCUCUCUCUCACCUUUCCAGCAUCUAGUGACAAUCAGAUACAAUAAAAUUGAGGAUUCCUCAAAACAAGGAAAGUCAGUUUAUGUGGAUGACACAGUAAUGCGAGAAAUGGGUUGGUGGUGAAUCUGCUAUUAAUAUGUUGGUCCAUAUCGUUCUGUCGAAUGGAUCUCAUCUAGAAAUUUCAAUAAAUAAUCAUGUGGCUGCUUGUUGCAGUGUAAUCAAGUUCAACUGUUGUUUUAAGUUCUAAAGGCAGUCCUGGUAAGGGAUCACUUGGGUUGUUCCUGUUGCUAAAGAGGAUCCAGGUAAACUGAUUAAGUGUUCAAUGCAAGCAUCACAACUCAGAAGUAGAGGCAUGUCUACCAGAUUGUACUAUCAACCGAUGCAGGAAGUUGACGCCUACUGCAUGCCUCAGCUCCAAAGUUUGGACCACCAGCUAUGCUACAGUGGCAGCAGCCAAGGAUCCAAUUUAUUCAUUCUGAAUUCCCGUGAACAAUACUGCACCCUUGAGUCAUCUUCAGCAAAUGGCAGUUAUACUGUUUACAACUCUCCAUCAACCAUUAGUUUUUCACCCAAUGGAAGUCCUGUGUCACAGCAAGAGUCUCAAUCAUACCCACCAUCACGCCAUUCUCCUGACAAUAACUAUGGCUCCCCAGUAAGUGGUUCCUGCAUAACUGAUACUGUCCAUGACUAUCAGAACAAGUUGUCAGAAUUAGAAAAUGCAAUGUUUGGUCCUGAUUCUGAUAUUAUUGACAGCACCUUUCUGAAUGGGACAACCAUUAAGUCACCUGAAAUGGAUAGCUUAAGACAAAUAGUGGAGGCGAUUUCUAGAGGGGACCUCAAAUAUGUUCUUGUUGUCUGUGCACAAGCAGUGUCAGAUAAUGAUCUUUUAAAGGCACAAUGGUUAAUGGAUGAACUGAGACCAAUGGUGUCAGUUUCUGGUGAACCGAUUCAAAGAUUGGGUGCAUACAUGUUGGAGGGACUUGUUGCUCGGCUGCCCUCCUCAGGGAGUUCCAUCUACAAAGCUUUGAGAUGCAGAGAACCGGCCAGUGCUGAGAUGCUUUCUUACAUGCACAUUCUUUAUGAGGUGUGUCCCUAUUUCAAGUUUGGAUACAUGUCUGCAAAUGGUGCUAUUGCAGAAGCCAUGAAGGAUGAAAACAGGGUUCACAUCAUUGAUUUCCAAAUUGGUCAGGGGAGUCAGUGGGUCACUUUAAUCCAGGCCUUUGCAGCUAGACCUGGUGGGCCACCCCACAUCCGCAUUACAGGAAUUGAUGAUUCCACAUCAGCAUAUGCCCGUGGAGGAGGACUGAAUAUUGUGGGGAAGAGGUUAUCUAGGCUUGCUCAGAUAGUUAAGGUGCCAUUUGAAUUUCAUGCUGCUGCCAUGUCUGGUUGCGAGGUUCAGGUAGAGGACCUUGGCGUUCUUCCUGGGGAGGCACUAGCUGUGAAUUUUGCAUUUGUGCUUCACCACAUGCCUGAUGAAAGUGUCAGCACUCAGAAUCAUCGGGACCGGCUUCUGAGGCUGGUUAAAAGCCUGUCUCCAAAGGUGGUGACCCUUGUUGAGCAGGAAUCCAACACAAAUACUGCUGCAUUCUUUCCUCGGUUCCUUGAGACACUAAACUAUUAUAUGGCAAUGUUUGAAUCAAUUGACGUAACUCUCCCUAGAGAUCUUAAGGAGCGGAUCAAUGUUGAGCAGCACUGCCUGGCAAGGGAUGUUGUUAACAUAAUAGCAUGUGAGGGAACUGAGAGGGUGGAACGACAUGAGCUUCUUGGGAAGUGGAGGUCACGGUUCAGAAUGGCAGGGUUUACUCCAUACCCUUUAAGCUCGUUGGUGAAUUCCACCAUCAAAACUCUGCUCGAGAGUUAUUGUGAUAAAUAUAGACUCGAAGAGAGAGAUGGAGCACUUUAUCUUGGUUGGAUGAACAGAGAUUUGGUGGCAUCUUGUGCAUGGAAAUGAAAACCGGGUACCAAAUCCGCUCUGUUUUAGGAACAUGUGCAGCCAGCUGAGGUAGAACUUGUGGUAUUUUGAAUGUUUUUUCACCUUUUGCUCUGAACGGAUUUGAGAAGAAAUAUGGUAGCCUCAACUCUGUACAUUUCUUUUAAAUGAGGAAAGUUGGCCAUUUUCUUGAAACCACCAUUUCAAUGCCUUGAACCUUUUUUUUUUUUUUGGUCUGGCCUUGGUGCUUUUGCUUGAUCAAUCCAUAUUCAUAUUCUCAGAGAAUUAUGUGUUGGAUUCCAAAGUGUUAUUCUUAUUCUCUGGCCGUUCAAAUUUCCUAAUGAAAUGCAAGAAUAUUUUCUGGUUGUA